GAGGUUUGCAUGGGAGGGGGGUUUUGGUGGGGAGAAAUAGAGGGUUUUGGAGAGUUUGGGGUGGAGAUUGGGGAGGUGAGGAAGGAGAGGAGAGGCUGGAUAUGGAGAGGGGUGGGUAUGAGGUUGGUGAGGACAGGGUUGGUGAGGAGGGUUGAUAGAGGGAGGUUGAUGUUGAUAUUGUUUGUGGAGAUGUGGGGAAGAGAAUUUUGGGAAGAGGAGUUUGGGAGGGGAAGAGGGCAAAUGGGGUGAGUUUCUUUUCUCUUCUUUUUUGGCUUUGUUUGUGGUUGUGAUUUUGGAUUGGGGAAUACGGGUGAGAUUGGGGUCCAAUUGAGUUGAGUGGAGGGAAAGGGGAGAGAGAAAGGAUCUAGGAAAACAAAGAAGAGUGUAAGGGGAGAAUGAAGGAGAUAUUAAGGGUAGGGUAGUUCCCUUUGAUUUUCUUCAUCUGUAUUUGAGUGCAUUUGGAGUCGGACCUUGACCAUUUGCCGAUCCUAACGUCCUUCCUCUCACCCCUCCUCUACCAGCUCAAUUGCUACCUACCAUUUCCCAUUCCCUCUCCUUGCCUCCCUUAUCCUCUAAAUUUCCCUCUCAAUCCCUCAAUCUUUCUAUCUCUCCCCACCAUCUCUAUCCCUCCCCCCACCCUACCUCCCAAUCCCCUAAACUCCACCUCCCUCCUGCUCCAAACCCAAAAUAACUAACGACCCACCCCCAACCCAGCACCCCAAACCCAAAAUCGACAUUCUCAUCAAUGCAGCAGGUCUAACCCACGCCUCCCCCCUGAUAGCCACUUCUCCCUCCCUAAUCGAAAAUAUCCUCCAAACAAAUCUGAUGGGCACGAUAUGGGGAUGCAAAAUUAUCGGAAAAGAUAUGUUGAGACGGAGGGAAGGUAUGUUUAUUUUCUCUUAUUCUCUUGUUUUCUUCUCUUCUGUUGUCUUCCUCUCCCUUCAAAAAUAAGGAUGGUUUAUCUUGGUUUCUUAUGGUGUUUGAGAGAAGGGUUGAGUUGGUAUAUUCAUUAUCCUCAGUAAAAGCGACUGGCUCCAUGAAUACUCAUCAUAGAUGAGUACCAAGAAACUCCAGCUUCAAACCCAACUCCAAUCUCAUAACCUAUCCCCUAUCCUCCAUCCCAAACACCGCUUCAAACACCAACCUCAACCCCAACCACAAAACACAACAAAAAAAACCACUCUACUCCUCUCUACUCUCCUCCAGCAAAACAAACAAAACAAAACAAAACAACACAAACUAACCUCCUCCUUCCCCUUCCCCAAAAAGCAGGCUGCAUAAUAAACAUCUCCUCACUCCUCGGAAUAAAAGGCGGAAGAGGAAGCGCAGCAUAUGCGGCUAGUAAAGCCGGUGUUCUUGGUAAGUUUAUGUUUAUGUUUAUUCUUUGUUACUACUUUCCUAUUUUUAAUAUCCAUCCCUCACCCUCCCCUACCCCCGCUCUCCCCCAGAAUCUCAAAAUCAUUCACUAACAUCCCCCCUCCCCCAUAAAACAGGUCUCACUCGCGCUCUAGCCGCCGAAAUGGGUUCUGCGGGAAUAAGAGUAAAUGCCAUUGUGCCUGGGUAUAUCGAGACGGAUAUGACGAGGGGUAUGUUAUGUUAUGUUAUUUUCUAUGCUCUUUACUUUACUUUCCUUUAUGUAUUCACUGCACUCCGUUUUCCCACGUUCCCGGGGCUGUUUUUAAUAUUUAUUUUCUUAUAUUUCUUCCCCUCUUUUCGGUCGGUUGAUAUAUUAUAUCUUCAUGUACCAAAUCCUCAGGGGCAUCAAGUGAUACUGAAUCCAUUUUCAAAGUGGUAAUAUGAAUGGAGAUAAUGGAUGGAUAUAUAUUCAUUUUGAUUCGUUUAUUCAUGUCAUGUCAUGUCAUCUCAUGUUGCGCUGUUGGUAGAAUUCUGCUCUGCUAUUCUAUGCAUUAACUCCAGUCCCGCAUAUCCACCCACCCAUCCAUCCAUUCAUUCAUCUUCGCAAAUUCAUUUUCUCCUCCCACUCCCAUUUUUAUACCAACCCUCAAAAUACCACACCAUCCACACCAUCUACACCCUAAAAUAUUUUAAAAUAAAAACCCCACCUCUCCCCUCAUCUCAUUCUCCCUCAUCUCAAAUCUCAAAUCUUAAAAUCUAAUGUACAAAACCUCACAUCUCACACUGCGUUUUUAAAAAAGAAACAAAAGAAAAAGCCCAACUAAUACGAUCAUUAAAGCCAUGACCGAUCUCGCUCGUAAAGAAGCACUAAACGCCAUUCCCCUCUCACGUUUUGGAGAGGUUACGGAAAUAGCCGAUGCCGCCGUCUUUUUAGCGGCCAAUAAGUAUGCCAACAAUUGUGUGCUCAAUCUUGAUGGUGGGUUGAGCGCUAUGUAACUUUUGGGCGGAGGGGUUUCUAAAUUACUUGAUCGGUGGAGGAAAUAGUAUGAUUGUUCGUGGAAAGUUUGGUUGGCGUGAAUAUGGAGAUGUUUGAAUGAGGUGGGAUGGGUUGAGUGCAAAACAUUAAAGAUGAUUACAUCUGGAUGCAUAUAAACAUCUAAUCAUC